CUUUCUUCCUUUCUACCCCACUCCUGUACACACUCACUCUCCGGUCUGAGCUAGCCAACAAGAUGAACAUCAUUUCAACCAUCGUCGGCACACUUUGUGCCGUGAUCUUGGGAGUGGCUUUUACGGUUUUCCACAAGCAAACACGGCAGACGCUUCUCGUCCCAAUGGAGCUUUAUCUAUACCGACAAAAUUCCACCUACCGAUUGACAAUAGUACGAGCUCUCCACCGAUAUCUGACUCCCCCGGCGGAAAAGAAACGACAAACAGAACUCAUCAGGUCUCGGGAUGCAAACCUUCGCCGGCUCAGAGUCACUGCGCAGAGAGAACUCUGGCUCCUGGAAAACAAGUCAAUAAUGGAGACAAGAAAAGCACAGGCCGGCGGUACCUUGAGUAAAGACGACGAGGCCUUGGUGAAAAAAGAUAACAGAAGGCUUCAAGAGGUCAGAGUAGCUUUCGACGAAAUUGCACGGAAAAACCUUGAAAUAGACGCACAAUGGAUUUCGGGUUCCUGGACUCUCGAAGUUUCAGAGAGAUCGCGGGAGGCAGAAUGGGAACGGGAUCAGACGUUCUGUAAAAAUGGAUUUGGCUGCUGCGCGCGCGAUUGUGGGUGCUGUACACGGCCCCGUAAAAGCUGUGAUGGACAGCUCCAGGAGUUGUUUUCUGACAUGAAGAUACACUGUACGGAUAACUGCGGCUGUUGUAUGCGGUGGAGGAACGCCUAUCAGUCUGAGAAGGAGGAUUAG